ACGGCGAAAGGAAAUCAAUCAGUCAAUGUGUGAAUAAAGCACAGAACAGUAGGAACCAUAGGGAGGAGAGGAGAAGGAGAAGGAGAAGGAGAAGGAGAGGGAUUACGGGAGACACAGCGAACCGCAGCUUGCCGAUCGACAGACACCCAACAGGGCGCUCGAUUCCAACCUCCAUCUCUCUCUCUCUCUCUCUCUCUCUCUCUCUCUCUCUCUCUCUCUCUCUCUCUCUCUCUCUCUCUCUCUCUCUGUGUGCACAUACACAUACACACACAGGCACAGAACAGACACACAGAUAACAAACACACGAUUGAACUUGGAGAUCGGACGGAUUCGAGAAACGGAGUUGGGGGGUCCGUGAGCAUGGCAGCGGUGGAGAGUCUGAGGCUGAUGGAGGGCGGCGGAGCGGAGGUUGCAGUUCCGCGCUGCCCCGCCGUCGACGUCGGAGAGGCGGCGGGCAGCAACCAGCGAUCGGAGGAGGAGGAGGAGCUGGCCAUCUUGAGAAAGCGGGAGGUGACGGGCCAUUCCGCGCUCCCUCGGAAGCCCAUGGGACUGUACGACCCGGCUUUCGAGUCGGACGCCUGCGGCGUGGGGUUCAUCGCGGAGCUGUCGGCGGAGCCAAGCCGCAAGCUUGUCGCGGAAGCGCUGGACAUGCUGAUGCGCAUGUCUCACCGCGGUGCGGUGGGCUGCGAGGAGAACACCGGCGACGGCGCGGGCAUCCUGGUGGCUCUGCCUCACGGCUUCUUCCAGGCGGUGUUGCGCGAGGAGCUGGGCGUCGAGCUUCCGCCUGCGGGCGGCUAUGCCGUCGGCAUGCUCUUCUUGCCCGUGAACGAGCAGAGACGACGGCUGGGGAAGCAGAUGUUCGCGGAUCGCGCGGAAGCGCUGGGGCACAAGAUCCUAGCAUGGCGCCCCUUGCGCACCAACAACGCGGGUCUGGGCAGAGGCGCCCUGGAGACGGAGCCUGUGAUCGAGCAGGUGUUCGUGUCGCCCUCCGCGCUGCGACCCGACGUUGACUUCGAGAAGCAGCUGUUCAUUCUGAGGCGGUAUGUGGAGGGGGAGUUCCGCGAGGCGCUGGGGCUGGAGCGCGGAAGCCCGCGGGACCUGUACAUCUGCUCGCUUUCGUCGAAGACGGUGGUGUACAAGGGGCAGCUGAAGCCCGAGCAGCUCCCCAGGUACUACGCGGACCUGGCGGACGAGCGCUUCGCCGCCUACACUGCGCUCGUCCACUCCCGGUUCUCCACCAACACCUUCCCCAGCUGGGAGCGCGCGCAGCCGAUGCGCGUGCUCGGGCACAACGGGGAGAUCAACACCCUGCGCGGGAACAUCAACUGGAUGCGCGCUCGGCAGGGGCUGCUCAAGUGCGAGGCGCUGGGUCUUCCCCCCCAGGAGCUGCGGAAGCUGAUGCCCAUCGUGGACGAAGACUCGUCGGACUCGGGCGCCUUCGACGGCGUUCUGGAGUUCCUUAUCAGGACUGGGCGCAACCCGCCGGAGUCGGUGAUGAUGAUGAUUCCGGAGGCCUGGCAGAACGACACGCACAUGGAGGAGAAGAAGAAGCAGCUGUACCAGUAUCACUCCGCGCUGAUGGAGCCGUGGGACGGGCCCGCGCUGAUCGCCUUCACCGACGGGCGGUACAUCGGCGCCACGCUGGACCGCAACGGUCUCCGACCCGGGCGGUACUACAUCACCCACAGCGGGCGGGUGAUCAUGGGGAGCGAGGUGGGGGUGGUGGACGUGGAUCCCAAGGACGUCAAGAAGAAGGGGCGGUUGAAUCCGGGCAUGAUGCUUCUGGUGGACUUCGACGAGCACAUCGUGGUAGAGGAUGCGGAGAUGAAGCGGAAGUACUCCAACGCGCGCCCGUACGGGGAGUGGCUGUCGAGGCAAAUGAUGACGCUGGAGGACAUCGUGCGCCAGUUCGCGGACGCGCCGGAGCAGCUGAGAGCGCCCCCCGUGAACGGCGUGCUGGCGGACGCGGACUUGACGGACGACGGGGGUUCAACGACGGAGAACCGCGGGCUGACGAAGAUUCUGGCCCCGCUCAAAGCCUUCGGCUACACGGGGGAGGCGUUGGAGAUGCUGCUGCUGCCCAUGGCACGCGACGGCAUGGAAGCCCUCGGGUCGAUGGGCAACGACACCCCCCUGGCGUGCAUGUCGGGGCGCCCGAAGCUCCUGUUCGAGUACUUCAAGCAGAUGUUCGCCCAGGUCACCAACCCACCCAUCGAUCCGAUCCGCGAGGCGGUGGUCACCUCGACCGAGUGUAUGAUCGGUCCCGAGGGCGACCAGACCGAGACGACAGAGGAGCAGUGCCACCGGUUGUCGCUGAAGGGUCCGCUCCUCUCCCUGGAGGAGAUGGAGGCGGUGAAGAAGAUGGACUACCGCGGCUGGAGGACGAAGGUCGUGGACAUCACCUUCCCCAGGCAGGAGGGGCCCGCCGGGCUCGAGCGGACCCUCGCUAGGAUCUGCGCGGAGGCCACCGCCGCCAUAGCCGACGGGUUCAAGAUGCUGGUCCUCUCUGACCGUCCCACGUCCCGCGACAAGGUGCCCGUUUCCUCGCUGCUGGCAGUCGGAGCCGUGCACCACCACCUGGUCAAGACUCUCUCCCGCACCAGACUUGGGCUCAUCGUCGAGUCGGGGGAGCCUCGCGAAGUCCAUCACUUCUGCACCCUCGUCGGCUUUGGCGCCGACGCCAUCUGUCCCUACCUGGCGAUGGAGGCCAUUUGGAGCCUGAACGAGGACCGCAAGGUGCCGCCCAAGGGCGACGGGUCGCUGCGCACGAAGACGGAGCUGGUGGCCGCCUACUUCAAGGCAUCGAACGCCGGCAUUCUCAAAGUGCUGGCCAAGAUGGGUAUCUCCACGCUGGCCUCCUACAAGGGGGCGCAGAUCUUCGAGGCGCUGGGUCUGUCGUCGGAGGUCGUAGACCUGUGCUUCCGCCGCACCCCGAGCCGCGUCCAGGGAUGCACGUUCCAGACCUUGGCGGCGGACGCGCUCCGCCUGCACGAGCAAGCCUUCCCCCGCACCGCGCUGCCGCCGCCCGCGGGCAGCGCCGAGUCCCGCGCUCUGCCCAACCCCGGCGACUACCACUUCCGCGCGACCCCGGACUCCGAGGUGCACCUCAACGAUCCCGCCGCCAUCGCCAAGCUCCGCGAGGCCGUUCGGUCAAACAGCAACCUCGCCUACGCUGACUUCGCUACGAUAGUGAACAACCUGAACAAGAAGUGCACGCUUCGCGGCAUGCUCCAGUUCAAGGAGUGCCCCUCGCCGGGAGGGCCCAUCCCGCUGGAGGAGGUGGAGCCCGCGCAGAGCAUCGUGCGGAGGUUUUGCACGGGGGCGAUGAGCUACGGGUCCAUCUCGCUGGAGGCGCACACCACGCUGGCCGCCGCCAUGAACCGGCUGGGAGGGAAGUCCAACACGGGGGAGGGGGGGGAGAACCCGGCGCGCCUGGUCCCGCAGGCGGAUGGGUCGCACAACCCUCACCGCAGCUCGAUCAAGCAGGUGGCCAGCGGGAGGUUCGGCGUGACGGCGUACUACCUCACGAACGCGGACGAGCUGCAGAUCAAGAUGGCGCAGGGGGCGAAGCCCGGGGAAGGAGGCGAGCUGCCGGGGUACAAGGUGGUGGGGGACAUCGCCGUGACGCGGCACUCCACGCCAGGUGUCGGUCUCAUCAGCCCCCCGCCUCAUCACGACAUCUACUCGAUCGAGGAUCUUGCCCAGCUGAUCUUCGACCUGAAGAACUCCAACCCGGGGGCGCGCGUGAGCGUGAAGCUGGUGUCGGUGGCGGGGGUGGGGGUGAUCGCCAGCGGCGUGGUGAAGGGCCACGCGGACCACGUGCUGAUCUCAGGUCACGACGGCGGAACCGGCGCCUCGCGCUGGACGGGCAUCAAGAACGCCGGCUUGCCGUGGGAGCUGGGUCUCGCGGAGACCCAUCAGACGCUGGUGGCCAACGAUCUCCGCGGGCGCAUGGUCUUGCAGACGGACGGGCAGCUGAAGACCGGGCGCGACGUUUGCAUCGCUGCGCUGCUCGGCGCGGAGGAGUUCGGCUUCAGCACCGCUCCGCUCAUGGCCAUGGGCUGCGUCAUGAUGCGGAAGUGCCAUCGAAACACCUGCCCCGUGGGCAUCGCCACGCAGGAUCCGGUGCUGCGCGCCAAGUUCAAGGGGGAGCCCGAGCACGUCAUCAACUACUUCUUCAUGGUGGCGGAGGAGGCGCGGAAGUACAUGGCGGCCAUGGGUUUCCGCAGGAUGGACGAGAUGAUCGGCAGGGCGGACAUGCUGCAGGCGGACGCGGAGGUCAUCCGAAGCAAUCCGAAGCUGCAUAACAUCGACCUGUCGGCGAUUCUAAAGCCGGCGGCGGAGCUGAGGCCUGGCGCGGCGCAGCACUGCGUGCAGAAGCAGGACCACGGACUGGAGAGCGUGCUGGACGUGCAGCUGAUCGAGCUGAGCAGGCCAGCGCUGGAGCGGGCGGAGCCCGUGCGGAUCCAGCUCCCCAUCCGCAACGUCAACCGCGCGGUGGGGACGACGCUCAGUCACGAGGUCACAAAGAGGUACCGCCUGGCGGGGCUCGCGGAGGACACCAUCCGCAUCAAGUUCUCGGGACACGCGGGGCAGAGCUUUGGAGCGUUCGUCUGCCGGGGAAUCACGCUGGAGCUGGAGGGCGACAGCAACGACUACGUGGGCAAGGGUCUCUCGGGGGGGAAGAUCGUCGUCUACCCGCCCAAGGACAGCGGGUUCGCGCCCAAGGACAACAUCGUGAUCGGCAACGUGGCUCUGUACGGGGCCACCUCGGGGGAGGCCUACUUCUGCGGCAUGGCUGCCGAGCGCUUCUGCGUGCGCAACUCCGGCGCGAGAGCCGUCGCGGAGGGCGUCGGCGACCACGGCUGCGAGUACAUGACCGGCGGAGUCGUCGUCAUCCUGGGAGUCACGGGCAGGAACUUCGCCGCCGGCAUGAGCGGCGGCAUCGCCUACGUUCUGGACACCGCAGGAGACUUCCCCACCAAGUGUAAUCUGGGCUUGGUCGACCUAGAGAGAGUGACGGAGGAGGAGGACGCAGCGCUGCUGAGGAGCAUGAUCGAGAAGCACCUCCUCUACACAGGGAGCCAGCUCGCCGCCCAUGUGCUCCAGCACAUGGACCAGCUGCUGCCCGCUUUCGUCAAAGUCUUCCCAAGGGAUUACAAGCGGGUGCUUAUGGAGACGAAGGCCAAGCAGGAGCAGGAGCAGGAGAAGAAGGGCGCGCUCGACAAUCUCAGGGAUAUGGCAGCUGUCCCAGCGACGAUGGAAGAGGAGGAGAGCAGCAGGCCAAGCCGAGACGCCAACGCCGUCAAGCAUCGCGGGUUCAUCCUGUACGAACGAGAGGCGGCUCCCUACCGCCCGCCGGAAGAGAGGUUGCUCGACUGGGAUGAGGUCAUGAAGCACGAGCCGCAGCCCGAUCUGAUCAAAGCGCAGUCCGCGCGGUGUAUGGACUGCGGCACUCCCUUCUGUCAUCAGGGUUACAGCGGGUGCCCGCUGGGCAACAAGAUCCCGGAGUUCAACGAGCUGGUGCAUCAGAACCGCGGGCGGGAAGCGCUGGACCGCCUCCUGGAGACCAACAACUUCCCCGAGUUCACGGGCCGAGUGUGCCCGGCCCUUUGCGAGGGUGCCUGCACCCUGGGCAUCAUCGACAACCCCGUGGCUAUCAAGACGAUCGAGUGCCACAUCAUCGACAGGGCAUGGGAGGAGGGGUGGAUGGUCCCCAGGCCUCCCCCGCGGCGGACAGGAAUGAGGGUGGCAGUCGUGGGCAGCGGUCCCGCCGGCCUCGCGGCCGCCGACCAGCUGAACAAGGCAGGGCACCACGUCACCGUGUACGAGCGCGCUGACCGUGUCGGGGGGCUCAUCAUGUACGGCGUGCCCAACAUGAAGUGCGACAAGCGGCAGGUCGUCGACAAGAGGGUCGACCUGAUGAGGCAGGAGGGAGUGAAGUUCGUGACCAAGUGCAACGUAGGGGGGGGCACGGUGACACCCACGUCUCUGCGGGCGGAGAACGACGCCCUAGUCCUGGCGUGUGGGGCCACCAACCCCAGGGAUCUGAUGAAAACCGACGGACGCCAUCUGAAGGGCAUCCAUUUCGCUAUGGACUUCCUUACGGCCAACACCAAGAGCCUCCUCGACAGCCAGCUGCAGGAUGGCAACUACAUCUCCGCGAAGGAUAAGAAGGUCAUCGUGAUCGGAGGGGGAGACACGGGCACGGACUGCAUAGCCACCUCGCUGAGGCACGGAUGCGCGGGCCUGAUCAACCUGGAGCUGCUUCCGCAGCCGCCGGCAGCUCGCGCGGGCGACAACCCCUGGCCCCUUUGGCCGCGCAUCUUCCGCAUCGACUACGGACACGUGGAGGCCGAAAAGAAGCUCGGGCAGGACCCCAGAACGUACGAGGUGAUGACGAAGAGGUUCUUUGGUAAUGACAGGGGGGAAGUGACUGGCCUGGAGAUCAUCCGAGUGCAAUGGAGCAAGGAACCCGCUUCGGGAAGGUGGGUGAUGAAGGAACUGCCGGGGACCGAGCAGGUCCUGGAUGCCGAUCUGGUCCUGCUGGCCAUGGGCUUCGUCGGUCCUGAGCAGUAUGUAGCCAGGGAUCUCGGGAUCUCAACCCAUCCCAGAACCACCAACUUCAUUGCAGAGUUUGGGCAAUUCCAUACCAACGUGGACGGUGUCUUCGCGGCUGGGGACUGCAGAAGAGGCCAGUCGCUGGUGGUAUGGGCCAUAGCGGAGGGAAGGGGGGCGGCAGCUGCGGUGAACAAGUACCUGGCAGCCAGGGCGGCGGCGCAAGACCAAGCUUCUCUGGCUGCUCUCAACGCGGGGGCCAUUGAAGUCACUGCUUAGACCUCGAUCAUGAUGCAUGAUGUGCUGGCGGACCCCUGCCGCCGCUGGCGCCUGAUGGUGGUGGCGGUGGUGAUCAUGGGAAGUAGCGGCUGAGCUGAACGA